AUGGGAUUCAUAGAGGUCGACACAGUGGCGGCGGCGACAUACAUGGUCGGAGACGGAUUGGGGUGGACCGUCCCCUCAACGUAUCCUAUUACCAGUCUCAGGCUGCCUCCAAGACUUUCAUGUGGUAUCGAUUUUGUGCGUCGCAUCGUUAAUGUAAUGAGCAUAUUGAUUUCAGCUUUCAAUUGGACGGGGACGCACAACGUGGCCGAAGUAUCAAAGGCCGAGUACGACAACUGCACCCAGGUCGUAUCGGUUCUGGGCAGUCCGGUGGAAAUCCAGCUUUUGAAGGGCGGGUCUAACUAUUACAUUUGCACCGUCGAUUCACACUGCAACCUCGGCCAGAAGCUGUCCAUCACCGUUGGAUCGUCAACAGCUGCUCCGACCUCACCGAGCAAUUCCGCUUCGUCGACGGCUUUUGACUCCAGUGUCUUGGUCCCUGCAUUCAUUACCAUCGCCUGUCUCAAUUUACUGUGUCAUAACACUCGUCAUUGA